AGUUUCUUCCCUUUUUUUAGUACAUUGGCUAAAAACAACAAGAAAAACUAAAUUAAGGAGAGGGGGUCUUCAAGCACCUACAUUCCCUUCUCUAAAAGAGUGAUUAAUAUUCACCACUUAAUUUUCGCCUAGAACAUUUUGAAUGUUGGUUAUAAUUGAAGUCAAGCUAUGAGAUUUUAUGAUAGGCUACAGACCAAUUCAAUAAUUGUUUUUGAAUUGGAUUAACAACAAAUGUUAUUGAUUUUGAUCCUAAUAAGAGCCAUAAGUUUUCAUGUACUAAAUAUCCAACUACCUUAGGUACCAAGACAACUAUCAUCCAUAUUAUGCACAAUACCCCGUUCUUUAGAGGGAUGUCAAGUUACUUAAUAGGAAUAUCAUCAAUUGAUAAGGAAGGAAAUACUUUUUCUUUAUCAACUUCAAUUCUUUGAGUGCAAGACAUCACUUGAUAAAGUGUGACUACUUCCUUGCCAAUGCAUACCGUACUAAUGCUGAAUAACUCCAAUCAUGUUUCCCUUGCCAAAUAAAUCAGUCUGGUAUAUUAUCAUUCAAGACAAGUUGUUGUUUAUAUAUAUCAAAUCUGUGAGAUCACUGCAUAGGCGUGCGUGCAUAGGGAAUUGAGCUGCCACUUGUUCGUAAAGUGGAUUAUUUGCAAUCCAAGAAUCAUACUAGAAUAAGAGUUGUCAUCACUUACUAUACUUAUACUAGUAUAAACCAUCCUUCAGAACUUCCUUCGCUUGAAUUCCACAAUGGUGAUCCACUCCUCUUAGUAGUAGUGAAGGAGAAUGUUGUUAGCUUGGGUACUUAUCUUGAAUCAUGUGACCCUCAGGUUUGCUAGAAUUAGCUUAGAUGUCCUAAACCAGUUUUCAAAGCAUGUUGGCCUCUCUAUUUGUCAUCACACCUAAUCCUCCUUGCAUUUAAGUUUGAGUAAUUUUUUAUCCAUCCAAAAAAACAUAAAGGUAAAGGGAGAGAAAGUCUCACUUCCUUAGUCUCUAGUUGGAGUAAAGUUUAGUUACCUUUUACCAUUUCAUCAUAUAUAGAGAGGAGGAGGAAACACAGUGCAUAAUCAAUUUGACUGUGAUAUCAGGAAAACCAAACUCAACUAAGAAGUAUUUCAGAUUGGUGGAGUCCGAACGUGGCUGGUGCAGGAUUUACCGUUUCAUCACCCCUAACGACGCUUGUCACCCAUACACACGACGGACAUAGAAACAUCGCCGUUCAACUCUGAUGAUCUCGCUUAGCCUCCCAUCUUCAUGUUCAUUCCCGCGAGUCUCAGACUCAAACUCUCACCAACCUCUCUCACCUUUCUUCUAAGACAACUUUCAUCUUCGACUCCCACCAAACCAACCUCUCCACAACACUUCAUUCUCAUUUUCUCCAAUGCCAGACAACACCAGAACCACGCCGAGUGCGAACUCGCAUUGGUUUCCGCUCUCAAAUCAUGUUCCUCCCUCUCCCUCUCCUCCCAAGGCCGCCAAAUCCAUUCCCUCGCCGUCAAACUUGGACUCCACUCCAAUACCUUCGUUCAUAACAGCUUGAUCAACAUGUAUACAAAAUGCGGUUCCAUAAGGGAUGCUCGAAUUCUGUUUGAUGGUUUUACUACGUUGGAUUCUGUUUCUUGUAAUAUUAUGGUUUCGGGGUAUGUUAGAGCUCGUCAAUUGGAGAAUGCCCGGAAACUGUUUGACAUAAUGCCCAAUAAAGGUUGUGUCUCUUAUACUACAAUGAUAAUGGGUUUUGUUCAAAAUGGAUUUUUUAGUGAAGCUCUGGAGGUUUUUAAGGAUAUGAGGUCUCAUGGUGUCGUCCCAAAUGAUUUGACUUUGGUUAAUGUGAUAUCUGCUUGCUCGCAUUUAGGUGAUAUUUUAAACUGUCGGAUGAUUCAUGGUUUGGUUGUUAAAUUGUUUGUUGAGGGGUUGGUUAUUGUUUCGACGAAUUUGAUGCACGCGUAUUGUCUUUGUUUGGGUGUAACGGAAGCGAGAAGGUUGUUUGAUGAAAUGCCUGAAAGGAAUUUGGUUACGUGGAAUGUGAUGUUGAAUGGGUAUGCAAAGACAGGCCUUGUUUACGAGGCCAGGGAGUUGUUUGAGGGAAUUUCUGAUAAAGAUGUGGUUUCUUGGGGGACGAUGAUUGAUGGUUAUAUCCAAAAGGGUUGUUUGUUUGAAGCUUUGGAGGUUUAUCGUGCAAUGAUGCGAACUGGACAUGGACCUAACGAUGUCAUGCUUGUGAAUUUGGUUUCAGCGUGUGGUCGUAAGGCUGCAAUUGUUGAUGGUUGUCAGUUGCAUGGAACAGUUGUUAAGAGAGGCUAUGAUUGUUAUAAUUUUAUACAGACUACAAUCAUCCAUUUUUAUGCAGCUUGUGGGAUGAUGGACCUUGCUUGUUUGCAAUUUGAAGUGGGUGUAAAGGAUCACUUAGAAUCAUGGAAUGCUCUCAUUGCCGGAUUCAUAAAAAAAGGAAUGAUUGACCAAGCAAGGAAAAUGUUUGAUGAAAUGCCUGCAAGAGAUGUUUUUUCAUGGAGUACCAUGAUUUCUGGCUAUGCACAAACCGAGCAGCCCAAAAUAGCUAUUGAACUCUUCCAUAAAAUGGUAGCCAGUGGGAUCAAACCAAACGAAGUUACCAUGGUGAGCGUAUUCUCUGCAGUUGCCACAUUAGGUACAUUGCAGGAAGGAAGAUUGACCCAUGAAUACAUGCGUAAAGAAUCCAUUCCUUUCAAUGACAAUUUACGUGCUGCUAUGAUAGAUAUGUAUGCAAAAUGUGGGAGCAUCAACACUGCCCUUCAAUUUUUCAAUCAGAUUCGAGAUGAAGUCUAUACUGUGUCACCAUGGAAUGCAAUUAUAUGUGGGUUAGCCUCACAUGGACAUGCAAGUAUGUGCCUAGAGGUUUUUUCUGAUAUGCAGAGGUGUCAUAUUAAACCGAAUCCAAUUACAUUUAUCGGUGUACUAAGUGCUUGUUGCCAUGCCGGUUUAGUGGAGCCUGGACGGAGAAUAUUCAAAAGCAUGAAGAGUGCAUAUAAUGUUGAACCAGAUAUUAAACAUUAUGGUUGUAUGAUUGAUCUUUUGGGUAGAGCAGGGCUAUUAGAAGAUGCUGAGGAAACAAUAAGGAGCAUGCCAAUGGAGGCUGACAUUGUGAUAUGGGGAACUUUAUUAGCAGCAUGUAGAACUCAUGGAAAUGUCAACAUAGGAGAGAGGGCUGCAGAGAAUUUGGCUCGGUUGGCACCGUCUCACGGCGGAGGAAAAAUUCUCCUAUCGAACAUAUACGCAAAUGCGGGCAGGUGGGAGGAUGUAUCAGUAGUAAGAAAUGUCAUGCAGAGUCAGACAAUGGAGAGAGAGCCUGGCUGCAGCGGCGUUGUCAGGUAGUUAAAAGAGGUUCAAUGCGUUCACAUUUUUUAUUUAUGUAAGGAUGAAGAUGCUGAUACAAACGAGGAAGUUGUAUAGUCAAGAAUGGUGUCUUAGAAACAGUAUCACGAUAAUUCGGUCCUGUUACGGUCUAUAUUUAAAAUAGUUGUCAAGAUCAUAGAUACACGUUUGUAUCAGCAUCUUAUGAAUGAUGGCUGUAAUUGAGUUUGAACAGGAUUUAGAGUUGAUGGUAUUAGAAAUUUCCUUCCUAGCUUUCAA